AUGGGGAACUUUGCAGAUGAGGUGAAUGAAGUAGGACAGCUUUUGCUGGUCCAAACGCAGAAAACUUUACAACUUUUAGACGGCUGCAUAAAUACACAACGAAGUCGAUAUGACAACCGGAUUCGCAGCGACAGAAAGCUGGGUGGAUUGCAGGAUGGCCUCCAGCAUUAUUAUACAUAUUUGGGGCAGCUCAAUACGCUGUAUUGUAGGACUCUGGAACUCGCUAAUCGCGAUGCAGAGCAGCAUAUCAGCGAAUCCAGCAUCCGCGAGCUGGUUGCUGAUUUCGAGGCAGCAACCGCUAGAUUGGAUUUCCAAACUUCUCUCGUUCCAGACCUCGAGCUUUCCCCCGCAUCUAUAGCAUCCUUUGAGCCCCGGCCGCUCAAAAUCAUCCAGCGGAAAAACCGGGAACAUCAACUGUCACCCACAAAACUCUCGGCAAGGCAAAGCAUGAUCUCGACGGGUUCUCGCCGUUUGAGUGAUAGCAGCAUCAUAAGCUCCAAACUGCGAACAAAUGCGGAUCCUACUAUGCUAAGGCCCCGCUCUGUAAGUCCCCAGGGGCUAGUCUCUGAAAAGACCGAUAUGCGUAUUCUCAGGGGCGCAAAAUCAUGCGAUACUGGCCUUAACAAACAAAGCAACCCUCAUGAGAACAGAUUAAGUUUCUUCCGAGAUCGGCAGCGAUUGUCGAUCUCGUUUUUCGAAGAUGAUGAAUACUCCUCAGACGAAGAAACAAUAAUAUCUCCUAGCCCAGCAACGUCUCCCCUUUGUCUAGACAGCGUUUUUUCAAAGCCUGGUACGGAUUCGCUACGAAACUCAACUCUCAAGAAGAGUCUUCAGGCCCGAUCUCAACUUUAUUCCCAGAAAAUUACUGCGCCUUCGUUUUCUCGACUUCUCCCGUCGAGACAGCCCAUUGUGCAGUGCGGAAUCACUCCCAUCGACCACAUCCCUCAAAUUCAUGGGCGGGUUACCAACUCCAAUACAAACGGAUCUAGAGACUUGUUAGCCAAGUAUGCGCUACCUGAACCCAAAAAAGGAAAGCUUGACGGGCGAAUUGAGAAUAAACAUACCAAUCGAUUUUUCGGCUCACUAAGGGCUUUGAACAACCAAGUGCUGGUCACUUCGGAGACAGGGCUAGAGUAUUCAAGCGAAUAUUCAACUACAAAACUCAUAGGGCAGGGACGAAAGCCGGAAGUGGCUAAAAGGCCUUCACGUUCUUCGGGUAGCAUAUUAGUUCACGGCCCAAGCGGCUCUCGAUUUAUUACUCCUCCAAGUCACACAGAGCUGCAUUUCAAAGUAUCUCAUGACGCUUUGCGGGAAGCUUUGAAUACAAAUUUACAUAGCUAG